AUGGCCACUACCAACUGCACUCCAAGCAGGGAACAGCUUCUCUCUCUACAGCACAUAGACGGUUCAGACAGCACUGCUUGCUCCUGGGGAUUCGCCCCACUUCCUCACCAGAGCACCACCAACCUCUGUGCUCUGAAUCAACAGACUCCGCUCUACUGUUUACAGAAACCUGGCACUGCAGAGACGAAUAACCCAAGACUAACCUGGGCAGAACUCAGUCAGGUUAAGGAGUCACAAAGAGGGCGAGUGAAACCUAAGAGCAUUAACAGAUCCAUUUCAGUAACUGAGCAGGAAAUGGCCCAUGCGGAAUUCAAUCUUCAAGUUGCUUCUCAGGAGCUUCAAGGGACUGACAAGAACUAUCUCUGCAAAGGGAGGUACAUUGCUGAGAUUCUGGGAAUCAUCUGCCUUGUCUUGAUGUCCACUGUGGUAAAAAUAAACAUUAUUCCCUCUACUGAAGGACCAGAGCAGAACAAAACGUCCCUGGAAACAAAGAUCCAGAAAGCAUGUCUCUGUUGUCAUUGUCUGAAAGAGUGGUUUACGUAUUCCAACAAUUGCUAUUACAUUAGCACUGACAGAAAAUCGUGGAAGGAGAGUUUGACGUCCUGUGCUUCUAAGAAUUCUAACCUGCUCUACUAUGAUGAUGAAGAGGACAAGUUUUUGUGGAAUUUACUCUCUAUUACUACAUGGAUUAGAGGAUCCCCGAGAAGCCAUCAUAGUUCAUCUGCGCAGCCAAAAGCCUUAACAUUUUCUCCCAAAGUGUUGUCAGCAUCUUCAGAGAGUGACAAGAAGUGUCCAUAUUUCAAUUUUCAAAUAAGAAAAACUUAUUUUGCACCCUGCUCAGUAAUAAGACCAUAUGUUUGUAAGCACCAGACAUUUUAGUUACCUCAUUUUGGUAUAAUGUUAUUUCACCAUUUAUAAAGAAUACAUCUCUCAUUAUUUCAAAA